AAAAGCAUACCCAAUAGUAAACCCACCACCUCUCUCCUUUUGUUAUAUAUAAGUCGUUGUUUAAAACCCAAUCUCUGUAGAUCAACGGCACCCUUCAACAGAAUCUUCUGUUUUCUACAAUUGGAGGCCAAAAAGAUGGAUUUUUAUCCAUACCCAUCUAGGUUUUAUAUGCCUUCAUUGUCUUCAUUUGGAGAUUUUGUUGAAAAGGUUAAAGAUAUUUGCAAUUUCGCGGUUUCUGCAAUCAUUGGGAACUUUUUCUCUGCGAUCUUUACCUUCUUCUUUGCUUUAGUGGGCACCUUGUUAGGAGCCAUGACUGGAGCUUUGAUAGGCCAAGAAACUGAGAGUGGGUUUGUUCGAGGGGCGGCAGUUGGAGCCAUAUCAGGAGCUGUUUUCUCUAUUGAAGUAUUUGAAUCUUCUCUUCUUCUUUGGCAGUCGGAUGAAUCUGGGAUUGGGUGUCUCCUCUACUUGAUUGAUGUUAUUGCAAGCCUCCUUAGUGGGAGACUUGUACGUGAGCGAAUUGGUCCAGCCAUGUUAAGUGCAGUACAAAGCCAAAUGGGUGCUGUUGAGACAAGCUUUGAGGAGGUUCAGAACAUCUUUGACACAGGUGGUGCCAAGGGAUUACCUGAUGCUUCUGUUGAAAAGAUCCCCAAGAUCAAAAUCACAAGCAAUAACAAUAUGGACGCUUCAGGGGAGAGAGUGGCUUGUUCUGUCUGCCUUCAGGACUUUCAGAUUGGAGAGAUGGUUAGAAGCUUGCCUCAUUCAUCACAUGUUUCACCUACCUUGCAUAGACAAAUGGCUUCUUGGGCAUGCCUCUUGCCCACUGUGCAGAAGGGAUCUGUGAUAUGGUGGUGUUUUUAUUUUUCUUCUGUAAAUUACAAGAUGAGAAAUGGCUAGCAUCCCCACUUCAGGGCUUCUUUUUUUCUUUUGUUUUUUCAUUGAUAUGAGUAGAUGAGUAGUUUAUCUUGUUGCCUUGGUAGUUUGGGGUAUGCCACGAUCGUUAUAUUAGAAUAGUGAUAUGUAUAAAAGUUUUGAGUAAUUGCAUUUCUUGUUAUGGAUUC